CCUCCGAAUACAGGAGUGUACGAGUUGCGUGUCAGUGUAAACCCCGGUCGGCAAUCUCGCAUCUCCCCCGCCUAGCUAGUGAACGAUUCGUCACAUCGGCACCGGGGUUGCUAUUACCACUACCUACGGUAGAGUCAUAUCCAAACGGCCCUCACUCCUGUCUGCCGAAUUCUACCCUGCAGACCUCAAAAUAAGCAACAAACAAGCAAACGUAGGCAGGGGUGGGUGCCGCUGCAGAAGAACACACCCACAUCAUCACAGGGGAAGAUAGUAGGGUCACUCCAGUACGUACUAACUCGAAACCGUUCGAGCCUCCUCACUCAGCAUGAUGAGGGCACAUCAGACGUCUCUUCCACAUAGAGACAACACCGCAGAGAGAGACCCCCCCGUGACGAGUCCCGAAGACUCGGUAUCAUGACCGCCUGUCUCGGUACUAGCGCCGCCAGGCCAGCCGCUCGUCAAGGCACGAACACGUCUUCCGCUGUGGUCCUCCCUCGGCUCUGUUGCUAUGUCUAAGUGUGAUGUAGAUACACUGCUGGCGGGGUUCGCGUGUGGAGGAGGACGUGGAGGGAUGGACCGUGUGUUGUGUACCUGGGCCAUCUUACGCAACAUGCCCCUCCCCUACAGUACGAUAGCUCCGCCCCAGCGCGCAACGCCGGGAUCCAUCCAUCAUGCUUGGAAACUUUUAGGUUCUUCCCAGUAAGUCAUGCCUUGUCUCGCGUGUGUCGCUUUUGGGAUCUGCUCGGACUGUCUGCAUCCUGGGACGAUCGAGUUACUUAAGACGUCGUGUGCCCCUUCGUUCUUCGUGACGUCUUUUUUCGUUUCUCCUCCCACUCAACCAACACUCAUCAAGUCGCCUCACAUACGAAGUGUACUUACUUACACGCUCACGCACACACACACACACACACACACACACACACACACAUUACACACCAAAAAGCACACAACACGCACCCAAACCAUUCAUCAAUCAUCCACCAACCAGUGCAUUAGAUAAACCAGAGCUUUACCUCAGUCGCCCCGAUGUCAGCACAAGAGUACUACGGCGGCACCCGCCAAAACACCCACACUCCGGGCGGUUCUUCCUCCCGCGGCAGCCAAUACCUCUCGGCCCCCCUCAUAGACAAAGCCGGCUACCGCCCGCGCUCCGCAAGCUCCGACCGCCCUCGCUCCGGCUUCUCCUCCUCCUCCUCCCACCACCGCUCCCGCUCCACCGGCCCCGCCGGCUCCGACGCUCAACUCGGCGGCCAGGACGGCGAGCGCGGCCUCGUCUCCACUAUCGGCGGCGGUGCCGCCGGCGGCUACGUCGGCAAGAAAUUCCUCGGUGGCAAGCUCGGCGCCGUGGCCGGCGCGCUGGGCGGCGCCGUCGUCGCGAACAAGAUCGAGCACAGGCUCAGCGGCAGCCACCACGGCAAGCAACACGGCCACCACCACGGUCAUCACGGCCAUCAUGCACCCCCGCCUCCGCCGCCUCACCACUACGGCGGACGCUACGGCCACCACGGCCACCACGGACCCCCGCCCCCGCCCCCGCCGCACUUUGGCCCCCCGCACCACGGAAGCCACCACUCGUCCGGCGGCUUCAGCGGCCUGGUCGGUUCGUUAAUGGGCGGGAGGAAGCACGACGACGGGCGCCACAGCCCUCCCCACCACGGAGGCCACCACGGUCAUCACGGUCACCACGGCCACCACGGACACCAUGGCUGGUAAAGCCUCUUGGUAGCCUCCUCUUAUCUUUUUUCUGUCCUCCUUCUCUUUCUUCUCU